AUGUCAACUUGUUCACAUCGUUUGGCGCAAGCAGAACUCGAUGAGUUAGCCGAUGAUCUGCUGAAUAAUUGCACUAUCAACGCUGCCAGUCCACCUGCAACCAAUGCGCUGCACUCAUUUUUUCUAACAAAUCCAGUUCGAAAAAGUCAUAAAUUUUCCAUAUCACAGCAUGGUGGCCUAACAAAACAGCGCAUUGCGCUACACAGCUCGAUUAACGACCCAAAACAAAUUGAUCACAUCCUCGAUUCGCGAUUCUAUCACAGGCGACGCAUUUUGUUGGGUGCCAAAAGUACCAUUGGCGAUUUGGCAAGGCGCAUCGAAACGGACUGGCAUAUUGCCGAUUUUGGAAAAGUGGACAAAACUGGGGUGCAGCUGCUGGCCGAGAUAAAGCAACUUCAUGAAAGUCUGGUUGAUUUGAUUAGUUCAUUUCCUGAUGUAUCAAUGUUGGUGGAUUAUUUGUGUGAAUGGGGCCGAGCACAGGCCGCAAAAACUCGGCUUUCCUUCGAAAAGGUUGUCACAACUUCGUUAUAUUGUUGCUGUUGUUGCCGCAGUCGUACUGAUUUAUUAAAUAAUAUAAAUAUUGAAUUAAAGGUGAGGUGUAUUUUUUUGACAGUUAUGAGCUAA